AUGCUGAGGACAAACCUGAUACAACAACUGGAGAUUCUCUAUGUGGACAAGGAUGCAAGCAAGCUGUUCAAAUUCGCCAAUGUAGUCAGGCUAGCAGACCACAUUCUUCUAGCAGGGCAGACAGAGGCAGGCCAAGACCAGACAGUGACGUUGCCAAAGGAGAAGCCAGAGAAAGAAGCAGGAGACAAGUAUGUGAAGAUUGUGAGGAAGCUCAAUGAGUUACAAGCCCAGGUCAACAAAGCAAGCAAGUCCAGGAAGAUGCUGAUGAAUCAAGCACACAAAACCAACCAAUCUGCCAAUUCUGUGAAAUCCGACCUGAAGCACAAGAGGACCUACAACUUUUGUGGAAAGUAA